AGAUUAGUACUGCAGGCGAAGAUAAAAAGUAAUCUUGGAAUACCACCACCACUAAAUUAGUACCUAGCUGCCAUGGCUGAGCCCAAGAAGCAACUUCACAUGGCCAUGUUCCCAUGGUUAGCCUUUGGUCACCUAAUCCCAUUUUUGGAGCUCAGCAAGCUCAUAGCCCAGCGAAAGGGUCAUCGUAUUUCGUUCAUAUCAACACCUAGAAAUAUUGAACGCCUCCCCAAGAUCCCUCCAAAUGUUGCACAUUUGAUAACCCUGGUGAAGCUUCCCUUACCCCAUGUUGACAACAUGCCGGAAAAUGCAGAGUCGACCAAAGACAUACCGUCGCACUUACUGCCAUAUCUCAUGAUGGCUUAUGAUGGUCUUCAAGAACCUUUGUCUAGGUUUUUGGAAACUUCAAGCCCUGAUUGGAUCAUUCAUGACUUCGCCCCUCACUGGUUACCAUCAAUUGCAGCUAGACUUGGCAUCUCGCAGGCUUUCUUCUAUAUUUCCAGCUCAUCAUCCUUGUGUUUCACUGGCCCCCCACAAAAGCUGCCGUUGUUAGCGUCGUCCAAAACGACAAACGAGCCCGACCCCAACGCACGAACAAAACUCGAGCAUUUCAUUGUCCCCCCCAAAUGGGUCCCCUUUCCAACCAAAGUAGCAUAUCGACUCUACGAGGCUAAAAAAAUGUUUGAAAUUCACGCUAGAAUGAAUGAAUCUGGUGCUGAAGACAUGUCAUUUCAUUUCAUGACAAUGUACUCGUCCACCGAUGUGGUGGCUAUUAAAACAUGCAUGGAAGUCGAGGCUGAGUGGUUGAAUCUCUUGGGAGAGUUACUCCAUAUACCUGUGGUUCCUUUGGGCUUAUUGCCACCCUUGCCACAAGAAGGCAAUGACAGCAAAGAUAGCACUUGGGAUACAAUUUCUGAGUGGCUGGACAAGAAAGAGAAAGGGUCAGUGGUUUAUGCAGCACUCGGAAGUGAAAUCCGACCGAGUCAAGAAGACUUCAAUGAGUUGGCUCUGGGGCUAGAGCAAUCGAGGCUGCCAUUCUUUUGGGCUAUAAGAAACCUGUCAGCUGAUGGGAAUGGGGAUUCAAUUGAGCUACCGGAAGGGUUCGAGGAGCGAACCAAAGGUCGUGGGAUUGUUUGGUCGGGCUGGACACCUCAGUCCAAGAUAUUACGCCAUGAGUCAAUUGGGGGCAUGGUGACUCACUGUGGUUGGAGUUCCGUAAUAGAGUCAUUGCAGUUUGGACGUGUACUGAUCAUGUUGCCAUUCAUUGCGGACCAAGGAUUAAGCGCUAGGCUCUUGGAAGAGAAGCAGGUAGGAGUUGAAAUUCCCAGGAAUGAAGAAGAUGGAUCAUUUACUAGUGACUCAGUGGCAAAAACUUUGAGGUUGGCAAUGAAUGAUGCAGAGGGCCAGAUAUUCAGGAACAAAGCAAAGGAAAUGGCCCCCAUAAUUGGGAAUAUGGAGCUCCAGCACCGAUACGUGGACAAAUUUGUUGAAUUACUUGAGAACCACAGGAAGAUAAUUACCAAGAGUUAGAAAACAGAACCUGAUGAUUAAGAUUAUGCAAAUUAAGUUUUACAGAAGUUCCUCAACCAGCAGCUUGGGAGUAAUAAUUAUGUUGUGUCAAUUAUUUUCCUUGUUUCCUUUUUGUUGUUGAAGAUGUUUUAAACAGCAUCGAUCAUUGUCAAGUUGGUAUUCCCUCACGGUGUUUAAAGCCGAAAAUAAUAUUGGAGCUAUCUAUAAAUAUAGUCUCGAUCGAUCGGCA